CUGGGCUGGUUCAUUUGAAUUAAGGUCCCUACUGGAAGCUUACUAAUCAGAAUUCUAAGAUGUAUCUGGACAAAUUCUUUUUUCUUGUUUCCGCAAUUGUAAUAUGUACCUCUGCUUCUCAUUUUCUUGAUCAAGAAUGGAAUGCUUGGAAGUCUAAAUAUGGAAAAACAUACAUCAGUCAUGAGAGGGAGUUUUUCCGGCGUAAAAUUUGGGAAGACUCUUGGGAAAAGGUGCAGAAACAUAAUCAGUUAGCUGAUCAAGGGCUCAAAAAAUACAGAUUGGAGAUGAACCAAUUUGCUGAUAAAACUGCCCAGGAUCAUGUUUCUAGACCUUGCUUUCGUUCAACUCCAAAAUCAGGAAGAUUUGCCAGUGCUCCAGUUUACAGUUAUGACAGAAAUACUGAGCUUCCUAAAGAGGCUGACUGGAGAAAAUCCAAAUGUGUUACUCCUGUGAGAAACCAAGGAGAACUGUGUGGGUCAUGCUGGGCAUUUGCAGCUAUAAGCGUGCUUGAAUCCCGUUAUUGCAUUAAGAAGAAUAAGGUCAUUUACUUCAGCGAGCAGCAGUUUGUAGACUGCGAUGAGAAAAAUGACGGCUGCUGUGGAGGGUGGCCAAUAGACGCAUUUGAACACGUAGCUGAAAAUGGAAUAAUGAGAAGAAAAGAUUAUGAGUACACACAACAGAAAAAUGAAUGUGGAUAUAACUCCAAUAAAGCCGUCAUGUUAAAUGUAACAAAAUUCUACACUUUACCUGAAGAACAAAACAUGGCCAUGUCUGUUGCACUAGAAGGACCUAUCACUGUUGCUAUUGGAGUAUCUGAAGAAUUACAGAUGUACGAAAAAGGGAUAUUUGAUGGAGAAUGUGCAGAAGAAGUCAACCAUGCAGUAACUAUUGUAGGAUAUGGGACUAAGGCAGCUGAAAAUGAAGAUGAAGAGGAUGAAGAUUACUGGAUAAUAAAGAAUAGCUGGGGAAAAAACUGGGGAGAAAAUGGCUAUAUAAGAAUGAAGCGGAAUAGUAAUCAGUGCGAUAUAGCAACAAAAGCAGCUACUGUGGACUUCUAGGCCGGGAUCAGCAAGAUCACCUUAUAUUGCCUAAUAUGAUUUUGCCAGCACAAACAACCCUCCGUUUAUCUGAAUAUGCGUCAAAGCUUUGUUGUAACCUUUAAUUAAAAUUAUUUCUAAAGCUUUUCUAAAUAAAGUAUAACAUUCGUAUAUGGAACUGA